AGGCAAUGGUUGAUUCGUGAGCUAUUUAGAAUGCAAAGUUCGUACGGUGUGUCUAGACAGCAAUUGUAACCAGCUUCGCUCUACUUUGUCUUGUCCUUUUUGCCAUCAACAACGUUCUUCAUCGCCAGUUCUUUAGGAUUGUGUGUUUCGACAAAUGUUAUAUGUUCCAAAUCUUCAGUCUCUUUCAAAGUACUUCUCAGUUGACUCAAACUCUGCUAACAAAAUAUUCUGUGAUAAAACAGAAAAACAACAUCGACAAAAUAGCGGAACUUCAAGUCUCAGUUCAUUCGAUUCUCAAGCGACUCACAACUAGUGAGUUGAAGUUGCUGCUACGUGCUCUGGAGUCGGAAGGAGGCGAUGUUUCGAAGUGUGUUUUCGUUUCUUCUGGCAUCGACAGGCUUAGUGAACCUCACGUUACGUUAUACCAAAUAUUUCGCCAAUCUAGCAUAGAAUCGGCCAAAGAUCUUAAACCACUUGCCGUUUGCUCUCGCAGAGACGUUACAAAUACCAAAGUAUGUGUGAAUCCAUAYCACUACAGUCUAAUGCUCCAUUUAGAAUCUCCCUCUCAGCCGAAAAGUCGAGCCAUGAUUGAAUCAAAGCCAGAAGAGUCGUCGUCAGGAAUAGAUAGUCACUACUCAGAGUACACAAGAUCGACCGUAUGUUCAUCCCUAGAAAACUCUACAUAUUCCUCGUGUGAAACAGAACAUUUACGAAAACCUAAAGACUGGCCGAAAAGGUCUUGGUGUUGUAUCGCAUACUGGGAGCACAACAAACGCGUUGGACCUUUGUAUUACGAAUCUGMMGAUGUUCUUAAUGUCUUCGAGACUUUGCCGGCAYUGAAAGCCAAAGGCUUGUGUUUAUUAGCGACAUUGAACAGUAGUAAAGAACCAGUGGCGCAUGUGUCAAAGAGAGUGCGACUUGGUUUACAACUUUCGCGCGAGCAAGAUGGAAUAUGGAUGUACAAUCGCAGCGAUUAUGCUCUCUACGCAAACGGUCCGACACUCGCUGAAAGAACUCUUGAUUUAAGCCGUAGACAGAAUGUUCUCGUCCACAAAGUUCAACCGGGAUAUUCAUUACGGAUUUGUGAUUACAGUAGUACACCUUUGACGGCGCACAGACAUUCUGUACCUCGGAGUGUUCGUGUGUCCUUCGCGAAAGGMUGGGGAAACACUUCCGAGUCAUCGUAUCGUCGCCAGUUCAUCACAUCRUGUCCAUGUUGGAUUGAAAUUCAUUUUUUUGUGUAAAACAAGUAAUGCAUAGUGUACAUAAAAAAACAAAUAUAAUUUAAGAAAUAUCCUUUGGAGCUUUCGUUUGGAAGGAGGUGUAGAACGAUGCCUAUGUCAUAAAGCGUAUUGCCCGGGCUAUGAACACUACUUCAUGAAUUAUAAUCAACUUCUGGACUUUGUGAAAAGAUGGAACAGUAGCGAGGAUGGUGCAUGCUUCAUUCAAGCCGCUUAUACUGGUGAAAUAUUUGAAAAGAAACUUUGCAAACUGGAAAAAACUAGCAACUUAUUGAGUCUUGUUGAUAUGCACAAAUAAGGAAAUUUCACUCCCACGAAAGAAACUAUGUUUUUGGUUUCAUUUGACUUCGACUCUGAUGUCGCACUUUCAACAUCUGCUCAAAAACAAUCACUUAUGCCAAAUGAUCGACUAGAUGGGUUAUUGGACAAAGGAAAGCGUAGACAAAACAAAUACUGGUAUUUCUUGAUAAAAGUAGAGAUUUGCAAGAGAACACUAGAACUGUCUGCUUGAAUGAUUAUAAACAUGGAUUUUUCCAUCUCUUCGAAAACUUAAAAAAAUCAGUGAAUUGUAAAACAAUGUGAUCACAAAGAUCUAAUUAUUUCAGACGGAAUGAUUACGGUAAAAAAAAAAAUAGAAUUGUAGUAUUUAUGUGUACACUCUUAAAGACUAGGAAUGCAUUUUGUUGUUGUUUUUGACUUUCUUGACUGUCACAAGUAAAUCCAGAAGAGAUUAAAAAAAGAAUUUCAUUAAAAAACUAGACGGUUCUUAUCGAUCGAGAUAAAAUCACGUCUAGCUCGUAGUAGUCACGCGA